AUGCCCAAUCGACAAAAACUCUAUAUCGGUUUGGGUGUAUCAGUUGGUGUUUGCACCGGUAUAGGUCUUUAUCUAUUCUACCGUCAUCAACGACAAAUUGAAUCAUCGAAAACAAGUCGUCCUAUCACACCUAUACUAAUUCUUUCAUCGUUAAAGCCCUAUAAUGAUUAUCAAUAUGUGGACAUGACAUCACCAUCAGAAAUUGAUAAUGAUGAUUCAGAAUCAACAGAAUUUCUUAAUGAAACACCAAUUCCUGAUGGUAGUGUUCCAUUAACACCUGAUCAAGCUUCUAUUCUUACUCGUUUUCUUUAUGAAUCUAAUGAUGAUGAAGAACAACAAUUACAUUGUGUUUUAACGAGCAUUGCCAAUGCAUCAACUUUUAAAGAAAGUCAAAUAAAUUUAGCAAAUGCUGGUUGUAUUACUCGUCUUCGUGAAUUGCUUUUAAAAACAGAUAAUGAAAUAACAAAAUGUAAAAUAUUUCUAGCUCUUAAUAAUCUCGCUCUAAAUGAUUUUGCUAUUACUCAAUUUUCGAGUAUUGUUUCUAUUGUAAUUAAAUUAUGUCGUACAAGUCCAUCAAAUUCACUUGUACGUCUUAAUGGACUUACUUUACUUAUAAAUAUGAGUGUUCUUGAAUAUCUUCAUGAAGAAUAUAUGAGUAAUAUAUAUGAACUUGGUUUAUUAAUCGAAUCGACAAUUAAAUAUGAUGAUGAAGCAUUAUCAUCAGGAAAAAUUCUUGUUAAUUUGUCAACAAAUAAAUUAAAUCUUGAAAGUUUACUGAAAAUAACCGGCAUUGAACUUAAACCAAUAAUGAAUUUAUUUACAUCUAAAAUAGAUCAAUCACCGAAAUCAGAACAGAUUCUUCUUCGUUUUCUUUCAUUCUAUUGCAAUUUGGCUGAUAUGAUUCUGAAUGAAUUGAAAGAAGGUGGAGAUACAAAUAAUAACAAUAAUUCAUGGUUAUUCGAUCCACAACCACAGCGACAAGGCGCACUUUAUUUUGAAUUUCUCCAUGCUGAUAAACAAAUAUUAGCUAAAUCUCUUCUACGACCACAAUAUACAUCAACUCAAAUAAAUUCUCAAAUGAAACGUCUUUAUCAAUCGAUGGAUAAAAUCCGUCAAUGUCAUAUGGAAUUAUUAGUUUCGUCCAGUAAAAAUGAUCAAUCAAUUGUAAUAACUAAUAAACAUAAUGAAAAUUCGCUAGAUACCUUAACAGAUGAUAAAAAAACAACUCUUGCUGCCGAACAUUUAUCAUCUGAUCAAUUAUAA